CAAACAAAGUUCAUUUAUUUUGGAAACGAGUGAAAUCACUGAACAUUUUUUUGUUUAGAAAAUGGGAUUUUCUUCAGAAGAGUGAGGUCUUUGGGACAUUUUUUGCAGUGUGGGUAAAACCCUCGAACAUCCCAAACCUUUUUGCAGUCGCAGCCAAUUAAAAUAAUGAAGAAUAUGUGGAAUUGCCUCCCCACCUCGACUCCUGCACCCUCCCGCAUCAACCCUGCCAUAUCUGCAACAUUAACCGGCGGAGGAAAAAUAGAAAUAAAAAAUAAUCCUUACAUGACUGUGGCCGGCGUGGACGCGCUCCAAGUUUCUCUCCCCCCAAAAAACACACACAUGUCGCCUAUUCUCGCUUCGCGCCCGCGUCGAAGCCUGACAUAGUUGGUUUCACUCAAAAAGAGAAGGGAUGGAGAAAGAGAGAGGACAGUGAGAGAGAGAAAGAGAAAGAGGAGAAAGGGAGAGGGGGAGAGAGAGGGAGAGAGAGAGAGAGAGAGAGAGAGAAAGAAAAAAACAACAACUUCACGUUCAACCCAGAAGAUGCUCACGUUUGGCUCUCCUCAAUUAUCCCCUCCCGUGAAGAUAGGUGGCGUGCGUUUCAGGGGGCUUCUCCUCUGUGUUAUACGGCAAAGAAAAGGAGGUGGAAAGAAAAAAAAUGUCAUUAGAAGAGGCGUAACACGUCAGUCCCUACCCAGGUUUGUUUCCUGGAGUGGGUGUAAGACAUCAGUUGUAAACCUGCCCUAGCAGGAAUAGCGGUCCCUCCCUCCUCCCAACUAUUUCUAAGGCUUUAUUUCUAAGGCUUUAUUAUCACCGGUGGAAAAGGAUCCGCUCACCGACGCGCUCCGAUUAUCAUCCCUCCUUGCAACUCCUAUCCACAAGAUACCUCUGUAUCCCCCCUAUAAAAUCAGAUAUCAAGCUGAAAUCAAGGAAUCGAGUCCAUGCGAGCUGCCAUCUGAUCCCACACACACUUAUCAAUGAAGCAAGAGAUCAUGGCGGAUGGCCCCAGGUGUAAGAGGCGAAAACAAGCCAACCCGAGACGGAAAAAACGCGCUGAACUACGAGAAUGUGGUGGAGACGGGCUCAGAGACGGAGGAGGAGGACAAGCUGCCGGUCUCCGAGGAGGACGCCCUGAUCAACGGCACCGGCAGCCCGGCCAGCCUCACCAACCCGGAGGCCUCGCCGCGGGCCGAGAGCCACGGCCUGCUCACCAAGGAGGAGGAGGACGACGAGAUGCGGGACAGCGGCGUGGAGCACAUCUGGCCCGACAACGACAUGCUGAGCGCCUCCGUCGACGGUACUGAUGAAAUGAAAGAUGAUUUCGACGCCCUGGGGCCCGACGCCGCUCUGCAGGCGGUUGGAAAUGGUACAGUCAAGAACGUCGAUUGCACCUCCGAGUUCGAGGACUUCUUCGCCAAGCGGAAGCUGGACGACAGCGAGAGCCACGUGGUCAGCAUCGCCGAGUACCUGCAGCGCGGCGACACCGCCAUCAUUUACCCAGAAGCCCCGGAGGAGCUGUCCCGCCUCGGCACGCCGGAGGCCACCGGCCCCGAGGAGAACGACCUGCCACCUGGAACGCCAGAUGCCUUCGCCCAACUGUUGACCUGCCCCUACUGCGACCGGGGCUACAAGCGUUUGACAUCGCUGAAGGAGCACAUCAAGUACCGCCAUGAGAAGAACGAGGAGAACUUCGCCUGCCCCCUGUGCAACUACACGUUUGCUUACCGCACUCAGCUUGAGCGGCAUAUGGCCACGCACAAGCCGGCGAGGGACCAGCACCAACUGCUCAACCAAGGGGCUGGCAACCGCAAGUUCAAAUGCACCGAGUGUGGCAAGGCCUUCAAAUACAAGCACCAUCUGAAGGAACACCUCCGGAUUCAUAGCGGUGAAAAACCAUACGAAUGCCCCAACUGUAAGAAGCGUUUCUCCCACUCAGGCUCCUAUAGCUCUCACAUCAGCAGCAAGAAGUGCAUUGGCCUCAUAGCCGUCAAUGGCAGGAUGCGCAACAACAUGAAGACGGGCUCCUCCCCCACCUCGGCCUCGUCCUCGCCCACUAACACCGCCAUCACACAGCUGCGGCAGAAGCUGGAGAACGGCAAGCCGCUGGGCCUCGCCGACCACAACAACCACCUGAACAUCAAGACGGAGCCGCUCGACUUCAACGACUACAAGCUCAUGAUGGCCUCCCACGGGUUCGGUGCGCCCGGGCCCUUUAUGAACGGAGGCAUGGGAGGGAACAGCCCGCUGGGCAUCCAUCACAAUUCGACAGCCCAGAGCCCCCUGCAGCACCUCGGGAUGGGGGUGCUGGAUUCACAGCUUCUGGGCUACCCGGGGCCGCUGGCGAACAACCUGAGCGAGGUUCAGAAGGUCCUCCAGAUCGUGGACAACACUGUGUGCAGGCAGAAAAUGGACUGCAAGCCGGAGGAGCUCUCCAAGCUCAAGGCGUACAUGAAGGAGCUCGGGUCCCAAAUCGAAGAACAGAAACAAGGGCUGACAUCGUCGGGGGGCCCUCCAGUCGGUCUUCCGGUCGUCAAUCACAACGGCGCCACCAAAAGCAUCAUCGACUACACAUUAGAAAAAGUGAACGAAGCCAAAGCUUGCCUCCAGAGCUUGACUACAGACUCAAAGAGACAGAUUAGCAAUAUCAAACGAGAGAAAUCCAACCACACGCUUGAAGGAGGUAUGGAUGAGAAGAUGCAGGAGAACAACAUGUUUACACCUUUCGCUUGCCAAUACUGCAAAGAAACCUUCCCCGGUCCCAUACCUUUGCAUCAGCACGAACGCUACCUGUGUAAAAUGAAUGAAGAAAUCAAGGCGGUUCUGCAGCCUAGUGAGAACCUGAUGCCCACCAAACCAGGGAUAUUCAUGGAGAAGAACACCCACUUACUCUCCUCCAUGUUGGCUGAGAAGGGACUACCUGCUCCCAUCAACCCUUACAAGGACCACAUGUCCGUGCUGAAGGCGUACUUUGCCAUGAACAUGGAGCCCAACUCGGAGGAGCUGCUCAAGAUUUCCAUAGCGGUCGGCCUUCCUCAGGAAUUCGUCAAAGAGUGGUUUGAACAGCGGAAAAUGUACCAGUACGGCAGCACCAGAACCCCGCCGCUAGAACACAGGAACAACGCAGAUAUGGUCAUCGGAACAAAUAACCACCACACCCCACCAAAAGACUCUAUGGCAGCUAGGUCGCCUGUGUCACUAGUCAAACCCACUGACCGCAUCACGUCCCCCUCCAUCGCGGAGCUCCACAACAACGUCAACAACUGUGACAACGCGCUCAGACAUUUGAAAAACCACCAGUUCAGUGGCAGUGCCAAACCGAUAGGUGACAAGUUGGACCACUCCCGUAGUAACACCCCUUCCCCUUUGAAUCUGUCCUCCGCAUCUUCCAAAAACUCACACAGUAGCUCCUACACUCCAAACAGCUUAACUUCGGAAGACCUGCAGGCUGAGCCGCUGGAUCUGUCUCUGCCGAGACUCAUGAAGGAACCCAAGCAUGCACUGACUGUCAAAAGCAGACCUAAAGUCAACAGCAUCACCAUCGACCACAACACCGUCCCUUCACCCCGUGAGCACUUCGAAGAGCCUUUGAACUUGGCCUAUCUCAAGAAGGAUUUCUCAGGCUCGACCAACAACGGAAACCUUGAAAAAAGCACUAGCCCCAUCUUUGGCAUUAAUCCCUUUGCUGCCAAACCUUUGUACACAUCACUUCCACCUCAGAGCGCUUUCCCACCGGCCACAUUCAUGCCCCCGAUGCAGGCCAGCAUACCGGGCCUUAGGCCCUACCCGGGCAUGGAUCAAAUGGGCUUCCUACCACACAUGGCCUACACUUACGCAACAGGGGCAGCUACCUUUGCCGAGAUGCAACAGAGGAGAAAGUACCAGCGGAAACCAGGUUUCCAGGGGGACCUGCUCGACGGUACAGCAGAUUACAUGUCAGGGCUGGACGACAUGACAGACCCCGACUCCUGUCUGUCGCGGAAGAAGAUUAAGAAGACCGAAAGUGGUAUGUACGCGUGUGACUUGUGCGACAAAACAUUCCAGAAGAGCAGUUCCCUUCUAAGACACAAAUAUGAACACACAGGCAAGCGGCCGCACCAGUGCCAGAUCUGCAAGAAGGCCUUCAAACACAAACACCAUCUCAUCGAGCACUCCAGACUGCACUCCGGGGAGAAGCCGUACCAGUGCGACAAGUGCGGGAAGCGCUUCUCCCACUCGGGCUCCUACUCCCAGCACAUGAACCACCGCUACUCCUACUGCAAGCGGGAGGCCGAGGAGCGGGAGGCGGCCGAGCGGGAGGCCCGGGAGAAGGGCCACCUGGAGCCCACGGAGCUGCUCAUGAGCCGGGCCUACUUGCAGGGGAUCACUCCUCAGGGUUACCCGGAGCUGGCGGAGCGCGAGGCCAUCCUGAGGCACGAGGGCGUGAACGGAGGGAUCAGAGAGGGACGGAAGGAAGUGGAAGGAACGUACGCGAAGAUGGGACGGCGGGACGAGGAGUUCGAGGAGGAGGAGGAGGAGAGCAAGAGCAUGGACACGGACCCGGACACGUUGAGGGACGAGGAGGAGAACGGAGAGCACUCGAUGGACGAUAGCUCGCUGGACGGCAAAACGGAAACCAAAUCGGAUCACGAGGACGCCAUGGAGGACGGCAUGUAAUCAUCUGCGACAGCACUCACUAAAACAAACAAACAAACAAACGAAAAAAAAAACACAACAAAAACAAACAAAAAAAAAAAAAGCUUCCCACCAUCUUUUACUUUUGUUUUCCUUUUUCCUUUUCCUUUGGGUUCAGUAUUCUUAGCGGUUUAAAGAACACGCUGCCGUGUUUUUUAAGCUGUUCGUGCACGUGCCUGAAGCUUCCGGGAAGCUUUUCUUGGACAGACUCCUCGGGGAGGACGGGGCGGGACGGGGAAAGACGUGGACUCACGAAUCAAACCGGAGGAGGAGGAGGCAUUGGGGGCGGGCCGGGCCGGGCGGGGGGUUCAGGGUUCUGGUGGUGGCAUGGGUUUGUGAAAUAAGCUGCAUUAUGCAAACCGAACAAUGAAUAAAAUGAAUACAUUUCAAAAAAUGUACAGUACUAAGGCCUAAAAAUAUGUGUGGUGCUAACCUCCUCGAAAUAAACCCCUUGUGUUCCAUAGUAUUUAUAGCACAACUAGUGACUUGUACAAAUUGCACUCCGCUUCUAUAAUCACAAACAAAAAUAAUAAUAAAAAGUAUUGCCUAUGUAUAUAUUUAUACAGUGUUGGAAAAAGAGCAGCGGCGUCUGCGCUACGGUCCUUCGAUAUUCCCCUUCGUUAUCGCCCCGCCGUGUCGUCUUCAGUUCUCCAGCCACACUGUUUUAGGCCUCUGCGAUUCAACUCCAAAAUGAAGGAAUUUAAUUAAUUUUAAAAAAAAAAAAAAAAAAAAAAAGAAGGACUUGUGUGAAGGAGCUUAACGAAUACCUGUACAGGUUUUUUUAAAGAUAAGUUUUAAAGAGACCUUCGUUUUAAGGGAAAAUACAGUUUAUGGACAGAUGGUAUUGGGGAGGGCGGGGGAUACAAAAAAAAAAAAACAAAAAUGAAGGACGAAGCCUUUGUAAGGUGUUUUUUGAUAAGAAAAAAGAAGCCUUAUAUGCAAACCUUUUAACCUGUGUGUUUUCUGCAAGUGCCACCCUCGUAUUGUGUAAAAGGAAGGUUACUUUUUUUCACCAGCUUCAGUAUUAUGAAAUGGUUCACCGUUGUUCUUUGAAGCACCCGUGUCAGUAUUAAGACAAUAGGCAGCAGUUCCUUAGUUUACAUUAUGUUGUGCAAUGUUUGUUUCUUUAACCUUUUUUUUUGUCAGUAUUACACCAAACCAUUUUUUUUAAAAAACAACAAAUUGCAUUCAUUUUAUUUGUAGGUUUGAAAAAAAAAAAAAAAAAACGACAUUAUUUAUGUGGCCCAUUUUAUAUUUCCUAAUUUUAUUUAUUUCAUACUGUUGUGUACAGUACUAUAGUUCUUCAAUAUAUAGAUAUAUUUUAGUAAAAAGGAACAUGGUGUCGAUCAUAGGGGCAAAUUUUACGUAAAGAGAGCAUUUAUUGUGUUUUGAAACAUUGUGAAAUGCGAAGUUUAAUCUUUAUUAUUUUAUUUUAUUUUUCCUUUUAUUUUCCAGUUACUGGAAAAUUCCAAAAUUUGGGAACUUUUAUACAAUUGUGAAAACACUGUAUUUUCGACUGAAAAAAGAAAAAAAUUCCACUUUCUUCAUCUUUGUUUCUUUUUUUAAGCUAAAAAAAAUGAAGAGGGACUGUUAAAUACUAUGUAUGAUAUCAUGACUGAAGAAGAAUCUUUCCUGAAAUGUCUUUGUAAAAGUAUUAUUGAAUUCUUAAUUUGUAAUUUCUCUUGAAAAUGACCAUGCUCGAAUAAAAGUAGCCAAAUUACAGAGUA